CGCCAAAUUGCGUGAUUCCGUGUAGCCGGCUACGACUUGGAUACUACAAAAUUCUCUCUCGUUCAAUCUUCUUGCUGCUGGACUCACUGUAAUUGAAUGAUCGUGAUCAUUCUGUUGAGCGCACAUACAGAGUAUGACGGAAUAUUUGCCAGCUAUGACUAUUUCUUCAUGCUGAUAGGCAGAGAUCCUCUCAGUCAUAUGUCAAGCCAUCCUCCUAAUUGAGAGGUAUGAAAUCUGUGUGAUCAAGCAAAGCAAGAAUGCUGUUUAUGAAGGGAAAUCAGAGAAAAAUGUUUGAUGAUUCUAAGAAUGUCAGAAAUGAGACUGAUCCCCUGGCUGUUGAAAGUGAAAUAAAUAACAUGAAUGAGUUUAGAAGGAAUAACCAUCCGUCCGAGUUUGAGGUGAAUGAUAGAGAUAAGUUUUCGAUAUUAAAAUUUGAGAAUGGUAGUGAAGCUGAACACCAAGAUUCUAGAUUGCCAUAUAUUACUGCUUCAGAUUCUCUUAAGACAGAGGCCAAUAUACUGGAAUGUGAGCUUCCUGAUUUACAAACUUGCUGCAAAGUGAGAAAUGAUAACACUGUAAAGGACGAAUACAUUGAAAAGGGGAUGCCUGUUCUAAACCAAAGCAUUAAGGAUGAUCGAUCUGUCAAUAUGACAAGCAAGGCCUCUGUAGAUGCCACUUUUGUCGAUGGAAAGAGUUCAAUUCAGGAAGAAAGACAAGCAAGCCACUUGCUAUACAACAAUAAGGUGGAAAGUGGUGGCAGCAUUAGCUUCAGGAAUCAAAUUGUUGAAUCAGCAGAUGUGCUCGAACACAAGGCAAAUGCUAAACAAGUUCAAUGGAAUAACAAUGAAGUCUCCAUCAUUGGAGGAAUCCAUGAACCAAUUCUCAACAUCAAGGAUGGUUUUCCAAUUGGUCUUUCUGCCACUAGCAAUACACAGUGUGUUAGUGGAAAGGACACAAUUCAUGCAAAUGAUUGUAAUAAACCCCAUGCCGAGCAUAGGGACUCUGGAAAUGAGUCGAUGAUGAUUCAAGGGAAAUAUGACUUGGGAGAGCCGAAUUCCUCUGCUGCCAGCGACAUUGCUUAUUCUGGACCAAUAGCAUUUUCUAGAAGUCUCUCCAUUCGCUCUGAUAGCAGCGCGGCAACCAGUGGCAGAUCAUUUGCAUUUCCCAUACUACAAUCCGAAUGGAAUAGCAGUCCGGCAAGAAUGACAAAAGCAGAUGAUAGACAUCUCCAUAAACAUAAGGGCUGGAGAGCAGGCCUUCUCUGCUGUAGAUUCUAAAGCCUUCUACUUAUCAGGUUUUUAUUGUAGCUUAGAUACACAGAACUUGAAAUUCAAAGCUGGGAUCCUAAAACUAUGAGUAUGCAUCUCAACCAUAUGCUCAAUUCUCUAUGCUCUGUAAAUUUAUAUUGUUAAAUCAAUAAAUUUAUCAUCUAUGCCUAAAAUUUUCUACUAUGUAAUUACUCACAAUGAAAAUUUUUCAUUAGCAUGUCUUUGGCAAGGAAAAAUCUAAUGUCGAUAUGCUCUGUAGACA